AUGAAGGAGGUUUUGGUUUCUACAGUUAGAAGCAUGUGGGGAAAGGACGAGUACGAUUUUUCUUUCAUGGGAGCGGAUGGAUUAUCGGGAGGUAUGCUUUCUAUUUGGAAUAGCAAGACGGUUAAGGCUAUUUUCUCUUUUCGUGGCAAAGGCUUUCUUGGUAAUAAAGUUUCUUGGAAAGGAGAUGGAGAGUGGAUUAUUGGGGGAGAUUUUAAUGCCGUUAAAAAGAGGAAUGAGAGAGUGGGAAGAAGUUAUGGGAGGAGCAAUGUUGAGUGGAGGGAUUUCUCUAAGUUUAUUGAGGAGAGUGGCUUGGUGGAUGUUCCGUGUAAAGGGAAAAAGUUUAGUUGGUUUAGUGGAGAUGGUAAAUCUAAAUGUAGGCUUGAUAGAUUUCUUGUUGAGGAGUCCUUGGUGUCUUCGAUGGGAGUGGUGGGGCAAAUGAUUGGUAGUAGGGAUAUCUCGGACCAUUGCACGGUUUGGUUGAUAUCGGAUAAAGAGGAUUGGGGUCCGAAACCUUUUAAAUUCAAUAAUGAGUGGUUCUCCGACAAGAAUUUUAUGUCUUUUGUGGAAAAGGAGUGGAGAGGUUUGGAGGUGUUUGGUAGAGGGAACUGUGUGCUUAAAGAGAAGUUUAGACUUUUGAAAGAUAAAUUGAGGUGGUGGAAUAAAACCGUUUUUGGUAGAUAUGAGAUGGAGGUGGAGGAAGGGGUGAGAGAGUUUAAUGCAUCAGAUGAUAGGGAGAGUUGGGAUGAUGAGGAAAUUGAAGCAAAAAAGAUGGCUAGUAAGAAAAUUUGGGUGAAUUUAAAAAUAAAGGAGAAUAUGCUAAUCCAAAAGGCUAGAUUGAGGUGGAUGAAUGAUGGUGAUAACAAUAUCAAGUUCUUUCAUCGUACUAUGAAGGAAAGGAAUUGGAAUCACAUUGGAUCUAUCAAUUCUAAUGGUGGUUUAGUGAGCUCGGUGGCGGAGGUAAAGGAGGCGGUUAAAGUGCACUUUGAGGAUAAAUUUAAAGAAGAUUGUUUGAAUAGACCUAAAUUAGAUGGUGUUCAUGUUAGUUCCUUGAGUUGGGAAGAUAGUUGCUCUCUUGAGACCCCUUUUUUGGAAGCGGAGAUUAGGGAAGCGGUGUGGAGUUGUGAUGGAACGAAGAGUCCGGGGCCGGAUGGAUUUUCUUUUCUUUUUCAUUAUGAGAUGUUGCUUUUGGCGGGUAGAAUUAAGAAGAUCCUUUCGUCUAUUAUAUCCGAUUGUCAAAGUGCUUUCACCCCGGGUAGACAUUUGAUUGAUGGAGUUGUUGUCGCGAAUGAGUUAGUGGAUUAUGCUUCGAAGAAAGGAAAGGAUUGCCUUCUUUUUAAAUUUGAUUUCGAAAAAGCGUAUGACAAGGUUAGUUGGAACUUUUUGAGAUAUAUGAUGAGGAGGAUGGGGUUUGGUGCUAGGUGGAUAAAAUGGAUGGAGGCUUUGGUCUUUUCUAGUAAGAUGUCGGUGCUUGUCAAUGGUAGCCGAACUAGGGAAUUUGGUGUUGAAGGGGGUCUACGUCAAGGUGAUCCUAUUUCACCUUUUCUUUUUGUUAUUGCGGCGGAGGGUCUGAAAUGUCUAAUCAAUAAGGCGGUGGAAAAUGGGGAUUAUGCGGGUUGCAACGUGAACGGUAAAUGCUUCAUAGAUAUUCUUCAAUUUGCGGAUGAUACUUUAUUAGUUGGAGAUGGGAGUUGGAAUUAUCUUUGGGCUAUUAAGUCGGUGUUGAAAGGUUUAGAAUUGGUUUCGGGUCUCGGCAUUAAUUAUCAUAAAAGUAAGAUAAUUGGUAUCAAUAUAAAUUCUCAUUUUUUGGACGUGGCUUCUUCUUUUCUUUCUUGUAGUAAGGAGGCGAAAGAGUUCAAAUUUCUUGGGAUUAGGAUUGGCUCGAAUCCUAGAAGGUUAUCUUCUUGGAAACCUUUGUUGGAUAGUUUUAGGAGAAAAUUGAGCUCUUGGAAAGGGAGGUUUCUUAGCUUCGGUGGGAGGAUUACUCUUUUAAAAUCGGUGUUGAGUAGUUUAUCUAUUUUCACGUUAUCUUUUUAUAAAGCUCCUAAGAAGAUAAUUGGUGAGAUAAAUAAACUACAAAGUAAAUUCUUGUGGGGGGGAGUAGAGGAGAAAAGGAAAAUUCAUUGGAUUAGUUGGAAAGAGGUGUGUAAGCCUUUAGAGAAAGGUGGUCUUGGUUUAAGGAGUCUUGAAGAGUUCAACAUAGCGCUUCUUAUGAAAUGGAGAUGGAGGAUAUUGAAUGCUUCUAAUUCUUUGUGGUACCGUAUUUUAAAGGCUAGAUAUGUGGAUGUUAAAGUGAAGGUUUUGGUUGGAGAUUUGAAUCUAAAAUCUCGAGCAACAAGAUCCGUGUGGUGGUCGGAUAUAAUGUCUUUAGGAAAAAAUCUUCCGAAAGAUUAUUUCGAUAUUAAUAUUAAGUUUGUUGUGGGGUGUGGGUACUCGUUUCCUUUUUGGCAUGCGAAUUGGCUUGAAGUAGGAAUUCUUAAACAUGUCUUUCCGGUGUUGUUUGAUGCUUCUCUUUUGCAGGAUGUUGCUAUCUCCAGUAUAGGAGGAUGGGCUUUAGGCGAUUGGAUAUGGGGCGACGUUGGAGUGAAAAACGGGGCUGAUUCUGAGGUGGCAGCAGCGCUGCCUACUCUCUUUCAGCUGCUGCCAGCAGCGGUUCCGGGUGGUGCACAGCCGGAUUUGCCUAAGUGGCUUCCGGCGAAUGAUGGUAACUUCACCGUGUCUUCUUGCUUUAGAGAGAUUAGUAAGAUAACUUGUCCGUUCGGCCCGGUCAAUCGCUUUGAUUUCAUUUAUUCAAAGGUUUGGAAGGUGGAGGUACCACUUAAAGUUAAAGCUUUUGCGUGGAGAUGUUUCAAGAACAAAAUUCCGACUAGAAAUUUGCUUUUGAAACGUGGUGUUCCGUUGGAUUCUUCGAAUCUUGUUUGCGUUUUUUGUGAAGAUUCAAAUGAAAGUUCUAAGCAUUUGUUGUUGGAAUGUAAGAUGGCCGAAGCGGUUUGGCAAAAUAUGGCGCUUUGGUUGGGAAUGACUUACGAAAAACCGGGUGAAUUUAUGGAGAGUUUUUGGUUUUGGAGUAGUUUUUGCCAUACAAAGAAGGUUAGGAGAGGUAAAGAGGGAAGCAUUUGGUUGGCUAUUGUUUGGAGUCUUUGA